AUGGGAUUUAACAACUUAAACGACUCAAACACACUCAGCACAAACAAGAUCAACACUAUUGAAGAUCGAAUUUUGUCUGCUUCAGAAAAAAAUUCUUUCGAAACUUUACUAUUGCAGAACAUUAAACGAAGUGAUUCUACAGUGAAACUGAAAAAAACAAAAAUUUCAAAAGGUUGUGAAGUAAUUACAAGGGAAGAAUUUUUAGAAAAAAAAAGAAAAGAAGAGGAAGAUAAAGCAAAAAAGAACAUUAAAAAACCUACAAAAAAAGAAAACAAAGAACCCCAUUGCAGCAAGGAAGCCAAACACUCACUAAAGAAGAAAAAGGCUGUUAAAAAAUCUAAAAAAAGGUCCAAAAAACAAAAGAAGUGUGUUGAUUACGACGAAGAAUCUGAAGUUGAAACAGAUAUUAGCUUUUAUGGAUCUGAUAUAAGCUGUGAAGAUUUAGAUCUUUAUGGUGAACAUUAUUUAGCGGAAAUGGAAGAUUUUGAUAAUUUGUCGCUGUACACAUGCAAUGAAAAUGUAACUGAUGAUUAUUUUUCAAAUCAUGACGAAAAUAUAGUAAGAAAUGAAGAAUUUGAACCAAAUGUAGGCAGAAGGAAUCUAGAAGUUCACGACUGGAUACUAGUGCGUUUUAUAACCAAAAAGUCAGUGAAGUAUUACGUGGGGAAUAUUAUUUCUGUUAAUGAAAAUAAUAUACCCAACGUGAAUUUUUUGAGAAAAAUAAAGAACAGUAGGUUUAUGUCUUUUCACUACCCAGACGUGGAGGAUAUAUCUGAAAUUAAACAUUACGAUGAUAUUGUAAUGUUCCUUCAGAAGCCUAAUAUAUCUCGCAGAGGUCAUGUUACAUUUGACGAAAAUUUUAAAAAUUACAAUAUUCAGUGA